ACCGAAUGGGAUCCCAUGUAGGCAGAUAGAUAAGAACUAAACUUUAGCAAGUUUUAUAUAUUUUUUUCCUCUCGUUUUGUAUUUUUUCCCACCGCGAUUAAAAUAUAUUUGUCAUCAUCAUCAUUAUUAUUAUUAUUUUGCCUGCUGUCAAGUUAUUCUAAAAAAGAAAAUUAGGAGUAAUGAGCGUGGAUGCGUUGGGAAGCCCCGUGAUGGACCCUGCGUUUUCCAAACGGAGCACGGCACUGAGAUUAGUUGACUUGGCAGGGGCUCACCACCAUCACCAUCAUCAUCACCACCAUACCCCUCAGAGCGUGACAGGCUUCCCGGGGUUUGGCGGGCACGCGCACUCAAUGGCUCACGCGCACCCUGGGGAGAUCACGGCGGAACCCCGCCUGGGGCCGAGUCCAUUCGGGCCAGAACCCAUGGGGCAUUCGGCGGCCCUCAAAAUCAGCCCAGCCCAUCAUUAUCCCCACCACCACCACCACCACCACCAUCACAAUCAUCAUAUCGCAGGCCACGGUGAAGUGGUCUCCAGUCCAACGGGAGCUUUCGGCCCGGUGCAGGCUGCGGCGACGGUCCCGUACUCCAUGUCUCACGCGGCCCAGGCGUUAUCCGCAGGUAGGGAUUUCCUUAUUCGCCGAGAUCUGACAGCUCAAGGCGCCAUGCCCGCGUUGACCGAGCAGACCUCUGGUUCCGCCUCUCACCACGGAGUGUUUGUCUCGACCACAGGUAGCUACCCGGGGCACUAUGGCCACCUUCACCCUGACGCCGGAGCGCAUGCUCUCUUUCCUGGACUCCAUCAUGAGCAGCCGUCCAACGGAGCACCGGGUGGCCAAGCCUCGAACGGACAAAUAAGGCUAGGCUUACCGGGCGACAUGUACGUCAGGACCGAUCACUUGAGUCAAGUGGCGAACAACAGAUCGGAUCCGUUUGCAACAUCUUCGCCUCUCCACGGUCUCAAUCUCAACAUGAACCUCAGUACUCACCAUCACCAUCAUGGACACGGUGCAUUUUUCCGUUACAUGAGGCAACCGAUCAAGCAAGAGCUCAUCUGCAAGUGGCUGGAGCCAGAAAGCUCGGCCAAGAAACUCUGCUCCAAAACUUACAGCACCAUGCACGAACUGGUGACGCAUGUGACCGUCGAGCACGUCGGCGGACCCGAGCAGGCGAAUCAUGUCUGCUUUUGGGAAGAGUGUCCGCGAGAAGGGAAACCAUUUAAAGCCAAAUAUAAGCUCGUGAACCAUAUCAGAGUGCACACUGGAGAGAAACCGUUUCCGUGUCCGUUUCCUGGCUGUGGUAAAGUGUUUGCCCGGUCAGAAAACUUGAAAAUCCACAAGAGGACGCACACAGGCGAAAAGCCAUUCAAGUGCGAGUUUGACGGAUGUGAUCGACGAUUCGCCAACAGCAGCGACCGGAAGAAGCACUCUCACGUGCACACCAGCGACAAGCCGUACAACUGCAAAGUGCGCGGUUGUGACAAAUCCUACACACACCCGAGCUCCUUGCGCAAACACAUGAAGGUGCACUGCAAGUCGCCACCGCCUCCGAGCUCCGGCUAUGAGUCCUCAACCCCGUCUCUCGUGUCUCCUUCGUCCGAUUUGGGCCGAGACACUCUGUCGGGAUCUCAGCCUGCCAAUCUGAGCGAGUGGUACGUGUGUCACAGUUCGGGUCCCGGCGGCACACACACCCCGCCGAGCGGAUCGUCCUCCCCGGACCCUUCAGAGGGUCCACUGUAUCAGAACUCCUGAAAACAUGAGUUUCAAAACCGUGUGCUCGUGGCUACUUUUGUAAGAGAGCCUCGGGCCAUUUGAGAGUCAGUAAGGCAGUGUUAAAUGGCCCCAAUACACUGGCUCACUGACAGAUACAUGUCACAGCCAAACCACAAAACUGAGGUGGCCAACUUGUCCCCCACGUGGACUGAAUUUGAACUAUUAUCACCACCAGUGUCCAUUUUAUUAUAAUGGUGUACUGACCGGUCGCACACAUCAAAACGCCCAGUGUUGUUUUCACACCUAGAGUGUUUAUAUUUGGAUGCUGUAGAAGUUAUUUCAACACUGUAAGAUUUAAUUUUACACUACAGGUGUUAAUUAAAUACCGCGUGUGUUCAUUCAACACCAGGGAUUGUCUGUGUAUGCAUAAAGAUGUAUUAUUUUAUAAAAUUGUGAUUUUUCUUUUUGUCUUCAAUAAGCUCUUAAUUUAUUUUUGGAAUUAGUACUGAAUUUCAUCUUUUUUUUUUUUAUUGUAUUAUCGAACCAAAGUGCUUCAAUAUAU